CAAGUACACAAAGAGAAAGAAUUAUAUAUAUAUAUAUACCAGAGCCCUAAUUCCACACGACGUCGUUUCACCUGUCGGCAGGACAUAUUUUCCUCUUUUCAAGCCCAUUUUGAAGCCCCAACAUUAGACUUUUUAUAUUACCAAUUUUAAUUGGUUCUAUUUUUACUGUGAUACUAAAACAUAAAAAAGGUGGUGGGCUCGCUUAUGCCUCCGGAAGUUGACAAUGGGCCGUCCCCGACUGGUGAUUUGAUAAAAUGGCUGGUAAAGAACAUUGAUCGAGAACAUGCUGGUCCCCUCCUCGUGAAAUGCCUGGACAGCUUUGAGGAGUGUCCAGCUGCCGUAUCCAAGCUGAUGGUGUUCUUUAUGGAAACUUUUAAGAGAAAUAUCAACAAAAAUUUCGAGUCUGUUUGGAAGAAAAUGGAGAUUGCUGACUCUGAUUUUCAUAAGUACUGCUCACUUGUUAUGCUAGACAAGGUCCUCGAAGCAUUUCCCCAGUUUUUAUCAAGAGGUGAUUCUGAGGAUAUGUGGACACUGGUCUUCGGUUUUCUGGUGCAACCAGAUGCCAGGUUAAAGAAUAUACGGGUUCGACUAUUGGAGGGAUUCUCUGACGCAUUUGAAAAAAGGACGAGUAAAAACAUCCAAAAGGGGCUGGGAAAAUUAAAACGUCAGGUGGAACGCAUGACUCUGGGCAACAGUGUAAAGAGAAGGCUAGGAGAUAAGCAGGAGAUAGAUGUCCAGAGAAAAAAGAGAAAGUAGAACGUGCCUAUUGUUCUUCUAUUCAUGCUUGGGAGAUAGAUGUCCAAAUACCUUUCAUUAUAUCAUUCUUGUGUGGAUGGGGUGGGAGAAAGACAUUUGAUUUGUACACUUGGAGGAAAGUUCUACAUCUGUGUUGCCUUUUCAAGAUUUUUAAUUAAAUCUGCCACUUCCGGCAAGACCGUCAUGCCAAUUAAACAAGACUAUUGACCUACUCAUAUGCAUUAUUUCAACUCA